AUGGCCGAAACGCAAACCGGAAAGCGCGUGAAGUACCUUCAAAGCGACAAUGGGGGUGAAUACAAGUCCGACAAGCUGGCACGAUUCUGCGCGGAACGGGGAAUACAACAAAGGUUCACACCCCCAUAUACUCCUCAGCUAAACGGAGUAGCUGAGAGAAUGAAUCGCACGCUGGUCGAGUGUGCGCGUUGCAUGAUGGAACACGCUGGACUGGGAAAGAGCUACUGGGGUGAAGCAGUGAUGACGGCGAUGUUUCUUCGAAACCGCUGUCCAACACGUGCCAUUCACCAAGACAAGUCUCCAUAUCAAGUGUGGACGAUGAAGAAACCGAUUCUGGCCAACCUUAAAGUGUUUGGAUGCCACGCGUAUGUUCAAGUGCCUCAAGACAAACGCGCGAAGUUCGACUCCAAGUCAUCACUCUGUCGUUUCCUGGGAUACGCCGAACACCAGAAGUCAUAUCGAUUUGAGGAAGUGUCAACAGGAGCGAUCAAGAUCAGUCGCGAUGCCACAUUCAUGGAAGACAAGUUUGAUGAAGGUCCGCGCAACUACAACGAUGAGUCAAGUGUCGUUGAGUUUGAUGAUCAUGAUGAGGACGAAGAAAAAGAAGAAGGUAAAACUGACGACGACAUGGACUCGAGCGACGAUGACAACGAAGACACCAGGUCUUCGAAGAGCAACAUCAAGAGACACACGCGCACUCAAUCACUUGAGAAAGCUACCGUCAUUCCAAGUCCCAAGCGAAGAACAUACAGAGGUCCGUCGCUUGAGCAUGUGUCGGCGGCUGCAAUGGAUUUUGAAGCAGCCUACAUCGUUGAUUCAGUGGGGGAAACGCCGACUACAUUCAAGUCGGCGAUGGAAUCAAGCGACUCCGGCAAGUGGAAAGAAGCGUGUGACUCGGAGUUCGAUUCGCUUCAGAGAAACGACACGUGGGAAAUCGUGCCUCUUCCGAAAGGUCGCAAGGCCAUCGGGUGCCGAUGGGUUUUUCGUGUAAAGGAGAAUCAAGAUGGCGAAGUUGAACGUUUCAAGGCAAGACUUGUGGCCAAAGGAUUCUCACAGAAAUUCGGAGUUGACUAUGAAGAAACUUUCGCACCGGUGGCCAAGUUCACAUCGAUUCGUGUGGUGCUCAGUAUGGCGGCCAAGUACGGCCUAAUGCUACAUCAGAUGGACGUCAAGACAGCGUUUCUUAACGGCUCCCUCAACGAAGACAUCUACAUGGACCAGCCGGACGGAUACCUGGAUGCAACACAGCCGGACUAUGUGUGCAAGCUAAAGAGAUCACUCUACGGCUUGAAGCAAUCGCCUCGCAUGUGGAACCAAACAAUCGAUGGGUUCAUGAUCAAGAUGGGAUUCAAGAAGUGCGAAUCGGACCACUGCAUCUACAUCAAGCGAGACGACCAAGACAUGAUUCUCGUGGUGCUCUACGUCGAUGAUCUCAUCCUGGCCAGCAGCAACAACGAACUCCUCAAGUCAACCAAGAUGGCGCUGAGCAAACGCUUCGAAAUGACGGAUCUCGGUGAGCUCGAUUACUUUCUCGGCAUGGAGAUCAAGAACGACCGUAAGACGGGAAUGGUGACUGUACAACAAACCAAGUUUCUCAAGUCCGUGUUAACCAAGUUCGGAAUGGAUAACAGCAAGCCAGUGAAGACGCCUCAAGAUCCCGGCCUGAAGCUAACCAAGAACAUGUGUGAACAAGAAUGCAAGCACGAAGACACCAUGUGCAACGUGCCAUAUCGAAGUGCUGUCGGAGGCAUCAUGUAUCUCAUGGUCGCCACACGUCCGGAUCUAGCUGCUGCAGUGGGAUCAUUAUCCCAGUUCUCGUCCGACCCAUGCCCGACUCACUGGCAAGCUUUGAAGCGUGUGCUGAGAUACCUGCAAGCAACGCCCAAUCAUGGUCUUGAGUUUACACGUGAAGAAGGAAGCCGUAUCUGCGGGUACACCGACGCAGACUGGGCCGGCGACAUUGAGUCAAGACGAAAUACAAGCGGCUAUGUGUUCAUGAUGAACGGAGGAUGCAUCAGCUGGAAAAGCCAGAAACAACGGACGGUCGCGCUAUCUUCAACAGAAGCAGAAUACAUGGCGCUUUCCGAGGCAACCAAAGAAGCAGUAUGGCUCAAAGUGCUUUUGGGGGAACUUGGUGAGAUGACAAGCGACGAAGCGAUCAAGAUGUAUGAAGACAACCAAGGAUCAAUCGCUCUCGCCAAGAACCCGGAGUUCCAUAAGAGAACAAAACACAUCGACAUACGCUACCAUUUUGUGCGUGAGAAGGUGGAAUCAGGUGAAGUCGUUUUGGAGUAUUGCCCGACUCAAGAUAUGCUGGCAGACAUGAUGACCAAGCCGAUCGCCACUGUACAAUUUGAAAACAUUCGCGAUCGACUUGGGAUCCAAGGUGCCGCAGCUAACGAGUCGAGAGGGAGUGUUGAAAAGACAGCGGCUGUGAAGAAGACACCUCGUCAAGCUGCGUCAAGUGUUGAAGCAAGUGGAAGACCAAGCCUCGCUAUACCGGUGGGUACCGGUAUGUACCAGUAA